UGUCUCCGACUUGGCUAUUACCCCCGGGCCUUCAAGACGGCGGAGGUAGCCAUGAUCCCCAAGGUGGGGAAGAGCGACUACUCCACCUUUCGAUCAUACCGGCCCAUUGCCCUUCUCUCUUGCAUAGGCAAAGGCAUGGAAAGGAUGGUCGCGAAACGCCUCUCU